UUACCACAUGAGAUCGACCAAAACAGCUCAUCAAAAAGCAAAAGAAUCCCCUACACUUAAAUUAGCUUCUCCACUUGUCCUCCCCGUGGUAAAAAAAGAAAAAGAAAAAAGGGAACAGCUUAGGACUUUGAUAUUGAUUAUCUCUAGCUGCUGCUGCUUCUUCUUCUUCUUCUUCUUCUUCUUCACGUAGUUCAUGGCCCUCAGCAACACCAUCAUUGCCGCUAUUAACUUCGCGGCGGUGCUCCUCUCCGUCCCCGUCAUCGCCGCCGGGGUCUGGCUCUCCACGCAGGCUGACAACGCCUGCGUGAAGCUCAUCCAAUGGCCCAUCAUCGUCCUCGGCAUCGUCGUCCUCGUCGUGGCCCUCGCGGGCUUCGUGGGCGCAUUCUGGCGCAUUCCGGGGCUCCUCCUCUUCUACCUCGCGGCCAUGGUCAUGCUCAUCCUCGCUCUCGCGGGUCUUGUCGUAUUCAUCUUUGUCGUGACUAGCGGCGGCGGCGCGCACCUGGCGCCAAGCCGGAUGUUCUUGGAGUAUGAGCUCGACGACUACUCCGGUUGGCUGCGGCGGCAGGUGGAGGGGACGGAGAGGUGGAAUCGGAUCAAGGCGUGUUUGAGCUCGACCUCGACGUGCUCGGAGCUCAACCAGACGUAUAAUUUGGCGCAGGAUUUCUUCAAUGCCGAGCUUAGUCCUUUACAAUCCGGAUGCUGCAAGCCGCCAACGCGCUGCGGCUACACGUUCGUGAACCCGACGUACUGGAUCAGCCCGAUCGACACGGCUUCCGACGUCGACUGCGUGCUGUGGAGCAACGACCAGAUGCAGCUGUGCUACUCCUGCUCCUCCUGCAAGGCCGGCCUGCUCGCCAACCUGCGGCGCGAGUGGCGCCGCGCCGACCUCCUCCUCGUGGCCGCCCUCAUUGCGCUCAUCACCGUCUACGCCAUGGGCUGCUACGCCUUCCGCGCUGCCAAGACCGACGACAUCUUCCGACGGUACAAGCAGGGAUAUACGUAGCAGUUCCAUCUAGCACUAGUGCGCGUAAAUUUGUUGCAUGAUGUUAAAUGACUAAUUAAUUAGGGGGUGUUUUAUUCUGUAAGCGUACGUACGCAGUGGUUAAUUUGUGGUGGAGUACGUGGGGAUAAUGUUGAAGAAGAUGCUAAUUAAAGUAGUGAAGUUGUGAUCAGAGACGGUGCUGCUGUAAAGAGGAAAGUUGAGGUGGAAAGUUAAAGGCUUGAGAUAGCUAUAUAUUUUUUGUUAUCUCAAUUUAUUUUUGUGGUUUUGUCA